UCGCCACGGAGAGAGGAGUACCACACCAUGGUCGAGCCCUGAGGGCCUCAUGGCCAGGUCGCCUUAUCUGCCACGUAGGACGGGCGUGGGCCCCAUGCCCGUUGGCCACCAUGGCUCCUAUAUAGCCUUCAUCCACCCUAUCCUCCUCUCCUUCGCACGUACGUAUUCCCCUUCCCCCCCAAGUCCCCUACCCCAGCAGCUCCUCCGGCUUGCUGACGAGAACAGCAAGAUGGACUACGUGUAUGGGCCGGGCCGGAACCACCUGUUCGUGCCGGGGCCCGUGAACAUCCCGGACCCGGUGAUCCGGGCCAUGAGCCGGCAGAACGAGGACUACCGCUCCCCGGCGGUGCCGGCGCUGACCAAGACGCUCCUGGAGGACGUGAAGAAGAUCUUCAAGACGACCACGGGCACCCCUUUCCUGUUCCCCACCACGGGCACCGGCGCCUGGGAGAGCGCGCUCACCAACACUCUCUCCCCCGGCGACCGCAUCGUCUCCUUCUCCCUCGGCCAGUUCAGCCUCCUCUGGAUCGACCAGCAGCAGCGCCUCAACUUCCAGGUCGACGUCGUCGAGAGCGACUGGGGCCAUGGCGCCGACCUCGGCGCCCUAGAGACCAAGCUCAGCCAGGACGCGGCGCACACCAUUAAGGCCGUCUGCAUCGUCCACAACGAGACCGCCACCGGCGUCACCAACGACCUCCACGCCGUCCGCAAGCUCCUCGAUGCGUACAGGCACCCGGCGCUGCUGCUGGUGGACGGGGUGUCGUCGAUCUGCGCGCUGGACUUCCGCAUGGACGAGUGGGGGGUGGACGUGGCGCUGACGGGGUCGCAGAAGGCGCUGUCGCUGCCGACGGGGCUGGGGAUCGUGUGCGCCAGCCCGAGGGCGCUCGAGGCAAGCAAGACGGCCAAGUCCGUCAGGGUCUUCUUCGACUGGAAGGACUACCUCAAGUUCUACAAGAUGGGCACAUACUGGCCUUACACGCCUUCAAUCCAGCUCCUCUACGGCCUCCGCGCCGGGCUCGACCUCAUCUUCGAGGAAGGCCUCGACAACGUCAUCAAGAGGCACACCCGCCUCGGCACCGCCACAAGGAUGGCUGUGGAGGCGUGGGGGCUCAAGAACUGCACGCAGAAGGAGGAGAACUUCAGCGACACGGUGACCGCCGUCGUGGUGCCGCCCUACAUCGACAGCGCCGAGAUCGUCAAGCACGCCUGGAAGCGGUACAACCUCAGCCUGGGACUCGGCCUCAACAAGGUCGCGGGGAAGGUCUUCAGGAUCGGCCACCUCGGCAACCUCAACGAGCUGCAACUGCUGGGAUGCCUGAGCGGGGUGGAGAUGGUGCUCAAGGACGUCGGGUACCCGGUGAAGCUGGGGAGCGGCGUGGCAGCUGCCGCCGCGUACCUUUCCAAUGCCACGCCCCUCAUCCCGUCCAGGAUCUGAUCUGAUCCAGCAAAUUCGACGAAAUUCAUCGGGAUUACGACGAGAAAGAAGAAGAAGAAGAAACGCAUGGUGCCCUGCUUCCGUCUGUCGGCUGCUUGCUUGGCAACGGCAGAGCAGAGCUUGGUGCAGUAAAACUACUGGUUAUACUCUCUGUAUGUAAAGUUAAAAUUUUCACACACAGCUAUGUGCUAAAGGAGUAUGAUUCCGUGGACUCAAGCUUUAAUUAAUUACAGAAAUCGAACGAACUCGCUCGGAGUAUAUAACAACCUCUGCGUAGAUCUCUUUUUUAGCUA